AUGUCCACAGCAUGCUGGACAUGCCGCAAUCGCACUAUCCGAUGUGACCAAACCAGCAUCCCCUGCGCCAAGUGCGAGAAAGCUGGACUGGAAUGCUUUGAACAAAGACCGCUACGAUGGGUGAAAGGUGUAGCAAUUCGGGGUAAAAUGCGUGGACAUAUAUUUGGAGAGGACCGCAAAGCCUCUGAUGAAAAUCCACCUACGCAAUUAGAACAGAAACAAGUCAUACAUUCGCGCACGAAGUCUUUGACAACAAAUAUUACUCCCUCGUUCGCCUUGCAAGAUCCCUGCAUACACAAUCUCGAUCGGUCAUCGAGAUUUUAUCUUGAUUAUUAUAAUUUACGCGUCGCCAAGUUGUUUAUUCUAUAUGACAGUGAGAGCAAUCCAUUUAGAAGGUUGCUCACUUACGCGAUGGAAAAUUCAACCUUGCGAAAGACUAUAGUUGCCGUUGCUGCAAGACACUUCGCUAAUGCAGGCCAGUCAUUUGAUCAGGUCAAUGAUGGCUUGUCGCCUCGGUUUAUCAAUGCCAAUUUGCAUGCAUUCCAUUUCAAACAGCAAGCCAUCAAGGCAUUAUCAUUGUCAUUAUCCCAUCCAGAGCCUUCUCAAAAGGACGCGAUAAUGCCAGCAAUUCUCCUUCUAAUUUUUCUUGAUCUCCUCGAGUCCGGCAUCGAAGGUUGGAAAUAUCAUCUCCGUGGUGCAGAAGGGGUCGUCAAUCUUUCUCACUCGAUGCUGGAGCCUAGUGAUAGUGAAUCUAUCAACGGCAACCCUGGAGAGACGGUAGAGGAGACAAGGCGAUUCAUCACCCGACAGUUUUCGCUUAGUGUCUCAACCCUUGGAGGUGCACUCUCAGGUUCAAAGUCGAGUCCUGAAUUUUGUAUGAACUUUGACGAAAGCAGGAACCAUGAAUCCAUUAUUCGAAGCUUUCUGGGAUGCCCUGUAUUCCUUCUUAGAGCUAUCCGUUAUUUCUCCAACCAAAGACACGUGAUUAAGAGCUUAGACAUGCAUGAUGACCUCUCGAUUCAUGGGCAUAUGCAAAAUACUUUGACUAUGCUUGAGCUGACGGCAAACUUUGAUUGUCUGGAAUGGGCGUCAAACUCCGUGGAAUCAAGCGUUUCCUCAGCAGUGGAGAUUCAAAAGCUUUCUUUGCUAUCUCAAGCAUACAAAACUGCCACCAUGCUCUAUGGAAAACGAGUGCUUCGUGCUUUCAAGACAUCAACCGAGCCGAUAACAUCUGGCAAUGAGGAGUUGGUGUUGCGAUUACUUGACGUGAUUGACUCUCUCCAAUGCGACCCGGCUUUGUUCAAGUGCCUACUGUGGCCGACCUUCAUUGCCGGUCUCGAAUGCCGGACUUAUAGUGAGCAAAAGCUGGUCAUUGGAUUUCUAAAGAUGCUUUGGAACCUCACCAGUUGUUUGAAUGUGAUAAGCGCUUCUAAAAUGGUGCAUGAAAAUUGGAAGCGAAAGAGUUUCGAUGGCAAUUUGGCGUCGGGGGAAUCUGAAUUAUAUGUAAUCGAACAAGGCUGGCUGCUUAUUUGA